AUGCAGACGCCUCUAUCCAUAUCGGAGGUCCUAACUUUGACUGUGAAAUUAGAAGAAUUAGAAACAAAAUUCGCUACGAAUGAGAAUUCCAAACAAUCUGUAUUAGACUUGGUCAACGAGACCAGGAGCCUAAUCUUACCGAUUAGACUACAAUUAAAUGAAUUCAUUUCUCUAAUGGCAAACAUUGACAAGAUGACAGAGACAUCAAAUAUUGACAAAUAUAACCACAUACGCAAAUCUCUGUUAACUUUACAAAAUAAUAUUCAAACUCUAUCACAAAACUUUGUGAAAUUAAAUCCGCUGUUUAAUACCAUUCCUGAAUACUCCACAAAACAUAAUUCAAGAGAAUUCAAACCUUUAGAGUCUCUUUCAAACGAUCCAUUCGCUAAAGGGUCGCCAAGAACAACGUCUUCAGGUAGUGCGAAUAACACUAUCACGAGCGCCACCUCAAUCACAACUAAUGCAAACAAUAAGAUCAGUGCUGCUACACCUAGUAGCAAUAUAAAUACACCUGCAUCCUCUUCACAAAACAUUACAAAUACAACUCCAUCCAUCAAGAAGCCAAGAAAGCCAAGGCAACCAAGAAAAUCGAUUACACAAACAAACACUGCCAAUAAAGCUAGUAAGACAACUACUCCGAGUGCUCCCACGCCAGUCGCUGCACCAAUGCAAACACCAGGCACAAUGAACCCCGCAUUACCAGUACAAAACUUCAAUACCAAGACACCAAUCAACCUCGGAUCACCCAAUGGACCGCAGUUUUCUCCUCCACCACAACAGGGCCAAAUAAAUUUUAAUGACAUCACUCCUGCAAAUAUCCUAAAUAUGAAUCAAUCGCGAUCCAUACCAAACAAUAACAAUAACGCAAACAACGAAAUGUUCGGCAACUUAGACCUGAGCAACCUGGAUUUAAACAAUCUUAACAUGGAUUUUAUAUAA